AUGAGCCUUCCAAGAGAAGGGCACACAGCGACCUUAUUAACAAAUGGAAAAGUACUAGUUACAGGUGGGAAUAAUCAUGGUGAUUAUCAACAUAGUGCCGAAUUGUAUGAUCCAUCGACAGGGACUUGGACAACUACUGGUAGCAUGAAGUAUCCACGAGCUCGGCACACAGCGGUCUUAUUAACAAAUGGAAAAGUGUUAGUUACUGGUGGAAAUAAUAUUGUUAUUCUCACUAGUGCCGAAUUGUAUGAUCCAUCAACAGGAAUUUGGACAACUACUGGUAGCAUGCAUAAUGAACGAAUGUCGCACACAGCAUCAUUAUUAAAAAAUGGAAAAGUGUUAGUUACUGGUGGAAGUAGUUUUACUAUUCCCAGUAGUGCCGAAUUGUAUGAUCCAUCAACAGGAAUUUGGACAACUUCUGGUAGUAUGAAUAGUAAACGAGCGAGGCACACAGCGUCCGUAUUAACAAAUGGACAAGUGUUAGUUGCUGGUGGAGCAACUUCUUUUGAUUCUUUAAGUAGUGCCGAAUUGUAUGAUCCAUCAACAGAAAAUUGGACAACUACUGGUAACAUGGAUAGUAAACGAGAUACGCACACAGCAUCCGUGUUAACAAAUGGAAAAGUGUUAGUUACUGGUGGGCAUAAUGAUGAUCUUUUAAGUAGUGCUGAGUUGUAUGAUCCAUCAACUGGAAGUUGGACAACUACUAAUAGCAUGGCUCAGGCACGACCUGAUCACACAGCAUCUGUAUUAAGAAACGGAAAAGUGUUAGUUACUGGUGGAGGACCUUUUUUUGAGGUUUAUAGUAGUGCCGAAUUGUAUGAUCCAUCAACAGGAACUUGGACAACUACUGGUAGUAUGAGCCAUUCACGAUCUGGGCACAGUGCGACUUUAUUAACAAAUGGACAAGUGUUAGUUACUGGUGGUGUAAAUCUUCUUAGUUUUUUAAGUAGUGCUGAGUUGUAUGAUCUAUCAACAGGAACUUGGAUAACUAACAGUAGCAUGUAUAAUCAACGAGUGGAGCACACAGCACCUGUAUUAAUAAAUGGGAAAGUGUUAAUUACUGGUGAAUGA